AGCCGUGCGUGUCUGCGCUCUGAUAGAUCCAUUUUUACAUACCUCGUACUCCGUCUCAGCCUACUCGAGUGACAAACUCGGCUCUCGCUGCUGGCCUUGUUUCCAAGAGUCAUCAGCGCCACACCACAACGGCCGGCGAGCUCGUACCAGCCAAUUCCUAGUUUGCUCGUACAUGGCUCGUCGAGAGAUAUGGAAGCCUUCAAGGCGUCCACUAGAGGACUGGGAGAACGACGGCACUGACCGUGAAUGGGAAUUUUCAGGGAUCGUCGGCGAAGAGAUUGACACGUUCGGAGUGAAACGCUAUGAGAUCAAAUGGAAAGACUGGCAGCGCGCCGACGGGACGAACACGACCUGGCAGCGCGACAUGUCUGACAUGUCCGACGUGCAGCGCGAGUGGGACGAGAUGCAAGAAGACAAGCGCCUCGAAGCCGCGAGGAGGAACACGGGAGUCAAGGUGCGCCUCGAGCCGGGGCAGGUGUGGCACGAAGACGCCACGAUCGAGAUGGCACGCGGGUACGAAGAGCAGUAUCGGGAGGCGCUGCGGCGGAACCUCAAGUUGUAUGCGAGAUGGGACAACACCCUGAAGUCGGUCCACUCUGACUCGGACGAUGGUGGUCAGCGCAGGGACGGCGGUGGAGCUGGUGACGAGUCCUCAGACUCUACGGGGUCGCCUCGCCUCCCGAAACGAAAACGACUGAGGCCUUCCUCAGACCGGACAUCGAGUAUGGCAACACAGCCACAGGAGCCCCGGAACAACCCACCGCGCCCAGUCCCUCCCAGCCGGCCCAAACCAACCCCGAGGUUCGUCAGAGAUUCACCCUCCUCCGACGACGACGACGCGAUGGCCGUCGACUUGACCGCACGACCCACGCGACCUCUCCCUCGACGACGACGACAGGUCGUGCGCUCCGACUCUUCCCCGUCUCCACCGCGCACGACGUUCGUGCGCUCCCGAUCUUCCCCAUCUCCACGCCACAUGACGCUCCAGGAGCAAUGGACGCGAAUGGCUGCGCGCGCCGGGGCAGCUGCCAUAUACUUUGUCAAUGAGGUCAAUGCUGAGGAAGUUCCUCCUGGGCUGGACGGGUUCCGGUAUUGUGAGCGGCAUUACAUCAGGGCAGUGGGCGUCCCAGAGCCGGAUGAGCAAUAUCUCUUGAGUUGCGAGUGUGAGUUGUCUUGCGACGCGCAGGUCUGCGGGUGUCAAGAGCUCUCGGAUAUCGUGGACGACUUCGGCGACAAGGUGUUUGCCUAUACAGACCAGAGGCAAUUCAAGGACAAUCUAUCACCGGGCGAGGAAGUCAUCGAGUGCAACAAGAAUUGCAGUUGCGAUCCGAGGUCGUGCCCGAAUCGCGUUGCACAGCAGCCGCGAGAUGUGCCCAUCGAGGUGUUCCGCACAGAGGAGUGCGGCUGGGGCGUGCGAGCGACGUCGGAUCUGCCGAAGGGCAAGGUGCUGGGCAUAUAUACGGGGGAAUUGAUAACGCGCGAAGAGGCCCGCCGGCGCACCGGCCAGAGCAAGUCGUACAUCUUCGACCUCGACGUGCACGAGGCGGACGAUGACAGCGUCGAAGAAGAAUACGCAAAGUACUCUGUGGACUCGUACAGAUGCGGGAACUGGACGCGGUUCAUCAAUCACUCUUGCGAGCCGAAUAUGCGCGUGUACCCCGUCGUAUGGGACACCGUACCAGAGCUCAACCAACCCUAUCUAGCCUUCGUGACGACACAGACCAUCGUCGCGCGAACAGAGCUCACGAUCGACUACGAUCCAAAAGCCACAGAGGAGCAUAGACGGAGCAAAGGCAAAGGGAGGCGCAUAUUGCCUGAAGGUGCGAGGCCGUGCAUAUGCGGCGCGGACAGUUGUCGGGGGUGGAUCACUAUAUGACGGAAAGGAGCUUUCGAUGCUUGGAUUUUGAUAUCUGUUAUGUGCUUUGUGAGCGCUUUCGUUGCUUUGCUGUAAUCGCUAUGUGUCAUUCGCAUCCCGGG